UUACCGAAACACAAGGCUGGAUACUCAACCCCACCACUUAAUUCAAAUAUGGCAUUUUCUUUCUUACCGGUUUAACCGGUUGCCUCUCUCCUCUUUUCUCUCUCCCUCACACACCUCCAAUAACCGCCUUUUAAACCGCUCAUCACUCUCCGUCGUUCCUCCCUCUCUCUCUCCAUCAUCAUUUCAUUUCUCUCUCUGCAGCGGCUCUUCCGUUUUCAACAGAGACGCCGCAGAGACUCACACAAAAUUUACACAAACAUAACACAUUACGUUAUUCGCAUUUUCCGAUAUGGCUUCCACUAAACAUUCUUUCGGAUUCGGAAUUGUGGCUAUCCUCGCCACUCUCAUUUUCGCUCUUUCCGUUCCCGCCGCUGUUCACGCUCAAUCUCUUGCACCUGCACCAGCUCCUACCAGCGACGGUUCAUCGGUUGAUCAAGGAAUAGCUUAUUUGUUGAUGUUGUUGGCGCUGGUACUCACCUACAUAAUUCAUUCGGCGGAUAUUUCAUAUACCUUAUGAAUUGCAUGUUGUUGAUGUGCGAGAGAUAUGGUGUUUUUUUCUUUAAUUUAUGAAGAAUAAUUAAGCGCGUUUGUAGAACGCGGAGGAGAAAGGGUAACGUAAUGUAAUAAUAAUGAUGAUAUAGAUUGAGGUAUUCUGAUAUGUUUGUUUUUCUAGUGAAUUAAAGAAUGUGAGUUUAGAGGUUGUAUUGUAGUUUAGCAUCAAUGUCUCAUUUAUGUAAGUGAUGAUGGAUCUAUGUAAUAUUAUUAUUAUUAUUGCAAUCUCGUCAAUGUGAUUUUUGGCUUGGUGAUUUAA